CAGCAGAGUGAGAGAAAGAGAGGAGGAUGAGACGGAGGAGUUAACAAAACCAUGCGCAGCCUAAUCCUUCAACCGCCAUCAGCGACAGAGCAGAGGAUGGACCGCGAGAACCACAAGAAAGGAAACAUUGGGAAAAACUUCAUGUGCCGGCUGCAGUGCAUGUUCUCCCACUCUUCGGGCUGUGAGAGCAGCAAACUCACUCUAGAAGAUACCCAACAGUGGUCACAGUCGCUGGAGAAACUGCUCGACUCCAAAUACGGGCUGGCCACCUUCCGCACGUUCCUGAAGUCGGAGUACAGUGAUGAGAACAUGGAGUUCUGGCUGACAUGUGAGGACUUUAAGAAGAUCCAUUCCUCCUUCAGAAUGUCGUCUCGAGCCAAGCGUAUCUACGAGCAGUUUAUCAAAGCAGAGUCGCCCAAAGAGAUCAACAUCGACCACCAGACACGUGAACAGAUCAAGCGGAACGUCAAAACUCCCACGACGCACUGCUUCGACGAGGCCCAGAAGAUCGUGUACGGUUUGAUGGAGCGUGAUUCCUAUCCGCGCUUCCUCCGUUCCGACAUGUACAGAACGCUACUGGAAAACCUCUCUGCCGACUCCUCUAAAGGGUGAACAACAAUCCCAAUAUCUAACAAACUUAUAACAAAAAACACAACUGGAACAAAUGCACUCGGAUGGAGAGAGGAGAGACUGAGAAAGAAGAGAAAUAGUUGCAAACCGGACGCCAUCUUUGGGACUUGAAUGAAGCGACAACGUGGUGUCCGAAAAGCGAGUUUGCACCGUUAGAUUUAGGAAAUAUUUUGGAAGAGUUGAGCACAAAAACUGCAAAUUGUUCAGCUUGAUGUUGUGCAAAAAAUACAGAAAAAUAAAAGAAUCACAUUAUUUUAAAUAUAGUAUAUUUAACUGUAGACUUAAGGCGACAUUAGGUGCUACAACAACGGUUCAAAAAGGGCUGAUUCCAAAGAUGCUAAGGAUGUGAGCGCCACAGUUAGCCUAGCACAAUAGAGGUUAUGCAUAUGACAUAACAACAAUGACAAAUUUAAAAGUCUACAACUCUUAAUAUUUAGUUUGUACCUGUUAUAUAACAUAAGAAAAUCAUUUAAACAGCUGAAAACCAGUAAAGAGUUAGCUUAACAGUAGAAACACUGCAGACUACGCACAAAUUAAUCACUAAUACAGACUUGUACACAUAUUUCUGUGGGUCUAUAAGUUUUAUCAUUAACCAACAAGCUAGCUAAGCGUUGUACAGUCACAUUAAAGGGUAUGAUGCAAAAUUUGCCUUUUGGAGCUUUCUACCAUGCUAUAACGUUAUAACAUCAUCCCCCCCCCUUCCCCUUACGGGUAGCAGUCCAGCAUGAUAAUUUUCUAUAAAUAUACAAAAGCAAGAUACAAAGCAAUGCACUACAAGUUGACAGAGCUGAUGUUUUGUGUGGUAGUUUCAUUAGCAGGCUGCACGCUGAUUGUGUGAUAGUGCUCUGAACAAGGAAUGAUUUAGCACAGGGGGCAAAGGCUCAGAGCACCAAAACGAAAGUGAAACUUGUUAAACCUUUUAAUAAAUCUUUUUUCAACAACUAAUGCAUUUUGAAAACAAUAAAAUGUCUAAAAUAUGCGCUCCCGUAAAACCCCAUAGAAGUAAAAUACCUGAUCUAAAGCAAUGGAAAAACUACUUUCCAUUUCCAUUUUGAAAUGUAAAGUUAAUCUGAGCAAAACAAUUUGUUCACAGACAAAAAUUUGGCAAAAGAAAGCAAAGAAAAACAUUUUGUCAUAGUUCUGCCACUCAGUUGGAAUGUGGAAUCGUAUGAAAAUGAUGUCAGUGCAUAAUCUCUAUUGUCAGUUCUCGAAAUCAUCCAAUCAUCCAAUCAUUAAUUCAUUUUGACCUUAGUUUGUGUACAAUGUUAAAUGAUUCUCACUUACAAAUCUGGUAGUUUUGCAAGUUAAUUUUAAACCAAUUAGCUCAACUGAAAUGUCUAACUAAAAUAAAUGAAUGCUAUUACAAAGUAGAUUGGAUUGCGCUCAAUCAAGAUAGUUCUACUUUGCUCAUAGCCCCUUCUGAUUUCAUACUUCUUUUAAAAUUUGGUCCAUUUCAAAUAUGUUUUGUGUAAGCCCCUAUACUCUUAUUGGUUCAUCCUCUUGAGAAUCAUACUCAUCUGAACUUUGUAUCCUUGGCUGGCCCGGCUGCAUUUGAACCAUACUUCAGUGUAGUUUGUGCUAUUCAUAAAGAAAAAGUUAGUGCAAUAAACCUUUAUCCAUACAGGGUUGAAACUCAAUAGAAAUGCUUAAAGGGACACUAUGUAACUUUUCUGAUGCAGGGUCCAAUAUGCAACCUGUCUAACGCCAGAUUGGUAUAUGUAGCACUCUGAAGUGUGUGCUACACAUUUAUCAACCUGGAACGUCUCUCUCUGAAAGUGUUUGGGUAAAAGCGAAAAGUCAUGAUAUCAAUAUUUGAAUCUGAUUGGGCGAAACUUUACAAGUCGAGAAAACUAGCUUCGGUUAUAUCCUGUCGAGAGAGAAACAUGGAUAUCUUUUCCUCCACAAAUGCACAAAGCGCUUCCCUCUACACGUUUUUAAGUCUGUAAAACAGGCUUAUUUUCAUCUGUCAACGUUGGUCGUGUUUGUUUUGGGUUUGGGCGUGAGGUACAAGAUGGAUUCUCAUGAGUGAGAUUCAUCUUCCUGUGCAAGAUAAUCCAACACCUGCUCGUCUCCAUAGAGAUGUUAUUGUUUUGACUGGAAAGUUCCUCAAAAUAGUACUAAAGUGUAUCUAUCUUGUUUUAUUGCUCAAAAAUACAUUGAAAAAAACAUGGAACAUUCCAGGCUAAGAAAAAUACAUCUCCAUGGAGACAAGCAGUCGGUGGUUACUACUAGAAAGGUUCCUUUGAAUACCUUCAAAGAAACUAUAUGUAAGAUUUUGGUUUUGAAAUACCAUGAGCAUGUCCUAUCUGUGUCCCUAGAAGUUCCUCGAGUUAAACAUGUUCAAACCAAAUAUAGCUAUUACUGAUAACAAUCGUAAUACUGAUUUAUUCUUAUUAUAAUUUGGCGUUAUCUAUUAUCCAAUCAGAAAGCCUAGCCUCACAUGAUGACUUUUUCUGAUCAACAUCGUCACUAGCGAAACCCCAGGACUGGCAACCCAGGUUCAGUUGGGAUUGAAGUACCUGUAGGAGCACAGGCUACACACCAUUACUUUAAAUUUAAACCGUAAUCCAUCCAUAAGUGUGAUUUAAAUUGAUCCCAUUUAAAAAAAGAAAGUAGUGUAGUUCUGUCUCUCUUCUCUAAGUCAAUGACCUUGAGUUCUGAGCCUUCCCAAUGUUCCAUUCUGAUCUAAAACAGUCCUUAUAUAGGCAGUCGACAGUAGUUUCCUACGCGUUGAGGUUCUACUUGGGUGAUUCGACUUUUAUGGCAGGAUUUGAAGUGCGCUUUUAGACUGCACAGAACCAAACUGAACAUGUCUGAUGAGGUUUGAGUGAUAGGCUAAACAUGAAGAGAGACAGGUCUAUGAUGACAAAGAAUAAGCAAAACAGUAGAACACCCACAAGUAGAAGUAAUUGGUCAUGUAUUUCGCUUUUUAAGAUUUUGAUUUAUUUGUAUUUUUGUAACUGCAGGUCCACCAAAAGCGAUCGCAGAAUGCCAUAUUUGGACCCAACAAAGCAGGUGUGCACAGGAAGAUGUUGUUGUAAUGAUAAUUCAGUCUCAUGUUUGUCUUCUUUAUGGAUAGUCCUUGUUUAAAACUACUUUAGAUCCAGGUUUGCUCUGUUUUAGACCUGGUUUAAUCCUGUUCUAAAGCCACCCUGGGUCACAGUUGUAGUUCUGUAUGUGACUGGUACAUUUCAGCCUGUUCUCUGCAAAAUGAAUUAUAGUAUGUGCUUUUUAGGGUCUAGUACAUUUUUUCCUGGAUGUAAAUCACACAAUAUUUACAACUUAUUUACAAAAUGCAAAAAGAGAAUCUGUAUAUAUUAAGAGUUGUACUUUCUAACAGUGGUGGAAAGACUACUGAAAAUUUGUACUCAAGUAAAUGUACUGCUGCCAAAAUAGUACGCAUGAAAAAUACUGCUCAAAGUAGUAGUUACUAGUCACUUUUUACACAGGUUUAGUAGCAUUUUAGAUGACUCUUUUACUCAAAACUCCUUAAUGGAUUUAAAGUUCAUACACCUUUACCGUUUUGGUAUUGUACAGUAUAGACCCAUGUCAUACUAAAUGUAUGUAUACGAUUAUUUAAAGUUAAUGUUGCACUAUGUAACAUUUCCAGUGGAUGGUCCACUAACUGUUAUUCUCCAUGGAGAUGUUACUGUUUUGCCUUGAAUGUUUCACAGUAUGGCAGUAGCAGUAGUAGUAGUAAGGCAGUAAAGUUGCCUUCCUCUGUUGUAGGUGAGCAGGUGUCGCUACCUGACUGAGUCAGAUCUGUGGAGAGUGGGGAGAGUGGGGUUGCCUCAGAGAGGCAUAACCAUGGAGACAUAGCGCACCUAAAGACUACCAAAACUACCAACCAAAACAGUCCAAAGUAGAUUUAAAAAAACAAAAAAUGCACAAUUAGAUAUUUUUUUCAGUAUUUUUAAGUAAAACUAGAAUUUGGGGUAAAUUCAACAUUUGCCCCACAGCUGUUUUAACAUGUUUAUUUCCAUUUUCAUUUGUCUUAUCAUUCUACCGUUUAAGUUCAAAUAGACGAAUGCUGAGUGUAAUUUAGCGGUAGCACGUUCACUUUUCUACAUCCUGUCUGUACAGAGCAUGAGUGUAACGUUUCAUGGGAUAUAAUACUUAAGUUAUUAUUUAUUAUCUGGCACAUGAGUUUGUUGUUGCAGUGUUGACCUGUUUGACAAAUGUUACAGAUUAUUAUUAUAUUUGUGUUAACUUAUUUAAAUCAUGGAACAAAGUGGUUACAACAUUAAUAAAGUUAGUUUUCCCUUGUGGCUCUGUGUGUAUUUGAUUUUUAAAUACUGAAUUGCUAAGA